AUGAGUACAAUAGUGUUGUCGAUCGGCAUCCCGCCACAGGAGCGUGUGCGGCUCUGCGCGGUGGCGGCGGCAGAUGUCUGCCAGCAAGCCGUCGCCCAUGUGAAAGCGGCGGCGCAAUGUGAAGCGCACGACGCCGCCGCCACGCCGUACAUCCGCGCUGUGUAUGUGCACCGUGCUGAUUCCAUCGCACCGGAGCGCGUUGCCGUUGCGUCAGGAAGGGAAUGCGGCUCCUACCUGCGAGAGACGCUGCGGGCCACCGUUGCCGGCAUCGGGGCGCCGUCCGUCGCCUGCUGGCUUACCGUGACACUGGAGGAUAACUGCAUCCUGCAGCACGCCGUGUUCGCCAUCUCCCCCAACUCGAAGGAGCCGCUAAAGAUGAUGUCGCCAGUGCUGGCACAGUCCGAUGGCGCGGCGCUCUCGACUGGUGGGCGGCGCUGGUCCCUAUUGCCGGCGCCUGCGCCGGGGCGUUCCAUGUCUAGUGGCAACGUGUACACGCCGCGCAACGAGCAGCCCGCUUCCAAGGUAAUUACUCCGGCCGUAGCGGCGGAGGCAGGCCCGCCACUGUCCGCCACGCGCAGGCGCUCCCUUGGCACCGUACCCUGCUCGCACUCGGCCCGCACCUCAUCGAAGGCCAUGGCCGCGGCCGCUCAGCAACCGCAGUCCCAUGCCCAGGUGGCGCCUCUGCCAGAGACGCAGCGGCGCCAGCAGCAGCCGGCCCGCAACGUGUAUGAGCAGAUGGAAAAGUAUCAGACAGACACGGCGCGCGAUCGAGCUAACAGCAGCCGCCGCUCUUCGCGCGCCGCGCCGCCACCGGAUGAGGACGCCGCGACACCGCACCUCUCUCGGAACAGCGAUGCGGCGGGGCCUCAGCUUGGUGGCCCGGGCCGCAAAGCUUCCAUUUCCUCACACACACCCUCGUCCGUCCGCUCGCGUCCGCAGAGCGCCGUAGACCACAGCACCGGCGUCUACUCCGCAAGUAACACGAGCGACGCCGUGGCGCUCGCUCGACCCGACUCUCGGCAACCGCCCUCCCGCGCACAGCCGCAGCCCGGGUCCCAUCCACCGCCGUCGGGUGUGUCCGCUGAGCGACCGGUGUGCCGGCCAAACGCCGUCUCUUCCACCUCCGCCGCGGAGAACUUUGGCCGUCCCCAGGCGCCGUCGCCAACCGCGGAUGAUCCCACGGGUGGCGGCCCGCGCACAGACUUGGUAGUGCCGAGUGAUAGGCAGCAGUGGGGUGAUUGGGCCUUCCGCACACGCUACUCCCCACGCCGCGAGGAGCUUUGGGAGAUCGCCGAUGCCGUGAUGACGCACAACUACCACGACCAGAUGAUCCAGAACGGUGGCGAGCCGCCGUACGACGGGAGGGUGAGCUCGUGCAGAAACAAGUUCUGA